GCCUUUUUUCGCUACUUGACAGGGGUUGAAAAUUGGGAUCUAAUUCAUUACUCUACAUUACCCCCCGUUCCGAUCAGGGCCUAGGAGAGAUUUUGAGAACUGCGCAACAGAGCUACAACAACAUAAUAAUCCGUGACCUCGGGUGCUAGGAUUUAUCACACCCACCCACCCCCGCAGUCGACCAUCCCACGAACCAACUAUCGCACCUAUUCUUCAGCCAAGAAGGGCUUGGAAGCUCCGGCUGUUCUUUUGAACUUUGCAUCUUUCCUCAGCUCUCUGAUUUUUACCCUUGGAUCGCGUCAGUUCUAGAAGACGAAGUGGCAUUUUGAGGGUCAAGGGGCAGCCAGUCUGGGGAGCGAUCGCGAUGGCAUCCACAAUACUACCGCCUGAGAUGGCCAUUCCAGGCGCAGCAGAUAGCGGGCGUCCUCUAAGCAUUGAGGAGCUCUGCUUCACAUCAGCCAUGAGCUGUUUCGAGGGCUGGCUCAAACUAGAUCCGGCCAUCGGCCCCCGCACUAUGGCAUACGUCACUAAGUUCAUCUCGAAGACGCUGGAGAAGACACACAACUUAAAAGAUGUCAGGGAAACGCUAUCCAAGAGCGUCGAGGUCUGGAUCUGGCUCACCCGGGACUUCGCCGCCGCGAUUCCGAGUUUAACCACGCGGUCCAUCGGUCCCCUUGCUAGCCUCAAUGACCCCGACAAGGGUGUCACUCCCCAGGAGAGCACGGCGUUGAUAACUAAGAAUUAUCCAUCGCUAAAGGAGGACCUGCAGCUGCUCAUCAAGCUCAUGCAUAUCGCAAGGAAUCUGUUGGUCGUGCCCGAGCCCGAGAUCCCCCAGGACCUCUGUGCUGCCGCCCAGUUUGACCAGAUGCUCUACCAAACUAUUAUCCUCUGUAUCAACGUCACAAGUAAGGCUUAUGAUGGCGACGUUCUCGAGGAGGCUGCAAGGCUAAAAUUGAGUGAGAUCACCGAACUAUAUAAGAAGCUGCUUGUUACAUGUUUGCAGCAAGCUCAUAACUGGAUCGCCAAGAACGACCGCAACAAAAUGGCCUUUUGGUCCACCGUUCUAUUCGACGACGAUGCCCUCUCUGACGAAUCCGACGGCAACGUCUACGGAGAGUUCCGCCCCGAUAUGGCCAAGACUGAAGUCCAAAACUGGUUCGAGCGGAACUCUCGCUUCUGCGACAAAGCCCGUCAGCUACUUACUGCUUACGAAGAGAACCUGGCAGCCAAGGGGCUGCCACCUGGCCACCUACCCUGCAUUUCUCCACUCGCUUGGAAUUGGCUCCCAGAAGGUACUGUACGGGUGCGCGCGGACGACUUCGACAACGUCACCAAGAUCACCCCUUUGUGGAAGGAAGACGAGCCGGACAAGUUCGAGCAAGACAAGGCCUACGGUCGGGUAUCAAGAGAAGUCGAUACGUGGUGGCUCAAGAUCCGAGACCCUAACUACGAUGGCUGGGUUGUUCCUAUGCCUACCGUUGAGUUUGCCCAGCAGAGGACCGAGAACUGCAAAGCCAACCUUGUCAACCGAUAUGCUCACUCGUAUCGUACCGCCGAGCACGAGGGGUCUGUCCACUCCGCCGAAGGUGCUCCGUUGCCAGAAGGCGCUGCGGACCAGGAAGGAAGAGAGGGUGGACAUUAUGUCCACGACUACAACGACGACAUGAUUGAGGAGGAAGAUAUCGAUGACGACGAUUCAUAUGGCGAGGGCCCGAUGAAUGGGUUGCUCACUGAAGUUCCUAACAUUCUUGAUCCUAAGCAGAUCGAGGCGCUCCACAUGAUCGUCAAGUCGUGCAUUCUCGAUAACGCCGGCUUAGUGCUGAGCAAAGCAGGCGAAAACCUCCAAAAGACCAGAUGCAGGAUGUUUAUGGCCAUGGAAUGCGGCAGGAGCCUACUCCGAGAAAUCUUGGUCUUUAUUGCUGUCUGGGAAAAGAGCGAACAGUCACUCAUCUUCCAGUUGACAACUCAGAUCGUCGAGGCGAUUCAUCACAGCGCAUUGGUUCCUUACGCCUGGCAAUCGUUACGCAUUCCCAAAGACAUCAUCUCUCCCGCCCAAACCGUUCUGCUGAGGCUCGUCAAUACCAUGUUUCGCGCCAGGAAUAACGACCCGCCGCCCGUCGAAUCGAAGGAGCAUAUCCGGGACGCCAAGCUGCUGCACUUUCUUUUCAUCCAGUUCCGCAGUCGGAUAGUGCCGGAGUGUGCGGCACUCAUGCACCUCCAGGCCCAGAUACGAAAUGACCUCUGCGACCCAGCCGACUUCCCCGUCGAUAGUUGGGACAUGGAGCGCGCCAAGGACGGCAUCCAACAGUUCCUCGAGCUCCUCACCACCGUCAACGAACUCCCGGAGACACGCCGUUACCUCAUCGAAUGGGAAGCCGCUUACGAGCUCCUAACUCUCCUGAAAGGCCUCGAAGCCGGGGUCCCCAAAAAGCCCAUGGUGGAAAUGCCCAACCGUUCCAACAACGCUCGUCAGCACCAGCAACCCCCACCACACCCGGACGACCCGGACGCGGGCUACGACUCGGAAGACCACCCCCUGGCCCCACCGCCGCCCCUCGAAGAACCAGCGCACAAGUACCCGUGGGCCGGAAUCAAGGGCCAGAUCCUGCACAUCCUCGCGGGCCUCCUACAACCCCCUCACGGGCGGAGCAGCCCGGGCAACCCCGAAGUCCAAUCCCAAAUCCUCCGCCACAACGGCGUCAUCAGCCUGCUCAACUGCUGCGUCUACGACGACCACAACCGAUACGCCCGCGAGCGCGUGCAGAUCUGCCUAAAAUGGCUCAUGGACGGCUCCGACGAGGCAAACAAAUACCUGCGGGAGCUCAUCGCCAUGUCACCACCACCCAACCUGCGGGCACCACCACAACAGCAACAACAAGCAACCCAAGCCCAGGGCAGCGGCAGCGGCAGCACCACAGCGGCACAACCGCAAACAGCAAGCCUCCGCAUCGACGGCAUCCCAGGCGAGGUCAAAGUCCGUCUGCGCGCCCCGGGCGAAACCGUCCCGCCCCAACCGCGCCCUCUCAUCCCCACCUCCUCAUCCGGCCCGGGCUCCGGCGCCGGACGCGCCCUCCCGCCACCAUUGGCCAACGCCACCGCCACGGCUGCCGUCGACGACCAUGGCUACGGCUACGGCCAGACGCACAGGUACAGCAGCAGCAGCAGCAGCAGCAAUGUCUUGCCGCCGAUCCAGGGUGGUGGUGGUGGUGGUGAGGCUGGCGAGGGGGGAGCGAGGGCGGGGUCGUCGAUGCCGCCGCCGCACAGGAGCCGGCCGGAAGAGCUGCUGAGGGAUAUCAUCACGCUUGCGGACGAGGCGGCACGGUUGGCGAUGGGUAGGCCGUUGGAGGGGGAUGAGACGGAGGAGGAAGGGGAGGAGGGGGAGGAGGAAGGGGGGGAGGAUGGGGAUGAUGAGGAGGGGGAUGAGGAGGGGGAGGGGGAGGGGGGGGAUGAUUUCAUGUAA